UUUUGCUACGGUUUGCACUCAUGAAUAUACGCUAUAAAUUAGGUGGUGGGCUGGUUCCUGGCAGCACAGCUAGAUGACUAAACGGAGCAGAAAGGGGAAAUGAUUCUUCGAGGAUUUGUCUGUUCUGUUUUAAUGAUUUUGGUGUUAUAGGACAGUCUACGGAGCACGAUAUCAGGUAGGAUGAGAGACAGACUGGUUGACCUGAAGGGGGUGGCCCCCGCUUCUCCACACACAGACGAGGGAGGUCAGGGUCGGGGCACUGAUGACGAGGAAGAACUGGAGCAGCAGUCAGUGGUGUUCGAAGACAUGAUGGACAGCAUCUUCAGAGAGGCCCAGUCCAUGAGGAAGGAGAUCGCUCUGCUCCGGAUGGAUGUGAAGCGUCUGGGCAAGCAGAACACCCGAUUCCUCACCUCUGUCCGGCGGAUCAGCUCCAUCAAACGAGACUCCAACGCCCUGGCCAAGGGCAUCAAGACCCAGGGGGAGGGCAUCUACACACGGCUGGAGAAGAUCGGCAUGCAGCACAAACAGCUGGAAGAAGAGCACGGUGCCCAUUCUGCUCUGGUCCGCAUGGUGCGCUCACAGUAUGUUUCUCUCACCGGGGCCUUCCACGAGGCCAUGUCUGAGUACAACCAAGCGGAGAUGAGCCAGAGGGAGAACUGCAAGACCCGAAUCCAGCGCCAGGCAGAGAUCAUGGGCAAGGAGGUGACCGGUGAGCAGAUCGAGGAGAUGGUCGAGACGGGUAAGUGGAACGUGUUCUCCGACAACCUCCUGACGGACGGGCGGAUGGCACGAUCAGCGCUCACGGAGAUCGAGAACCGGCACAAGGAGUUGGUUGAGCUGGAGAGUCGGAUCAAGGACAUCCAUGAGCUGUUCUUCCAGAUGGCUCUGCUGGUGGAGGAACAGGGGGCCAUGGUGGACAACAUAGAGGCCAACGUAGUCGCCACAACAGACUUCGUGGGCAAGGCCCAGGCUCAGAUAAAGAUGGCGGUGAAGUACAAGAAGAACAACCCCUGUAGGAAGUUGUUCUGUUGUUGUUUCCCUUGCUGCAACAAGUGAGACAGACAGCGACCGAUAUCAGUGUUAUUGUUUUAUCUAAAGUCAAGAUCCUCUCAAAAGUGUUUUCAUGGCCAUGAAAAUGUAUUUAAAGAAGUAGAAGUAAUCAAUUUGCAGUUGUUUACACAAGUAUGAACUUGAUCCUGAAGAUGUACAGUAUGUGUGUUCCAAUGUACACUGAGUGUACAAAACAUUAAGAACACCUUCCUAAUAUUGAGUACCCCUACUACCAUACCCCAUUGAAAGGCACUUAAUUAUUUUGUCUUGCAAAUUCACCCUCUGAAUGGCACACAUACACAAUCCAUGUCUCCAGGCUUAAAAUCCUUCUUUAACCUGUCUCCUUCC